UCCGUUGUUUAGAGGAGAAUAGAUGUCUUGUUGAGGUAAUCGACGAUUUGCAGCAAAUUUAGCCCGUUCCGUUAGAUCAUAAGCUUUAUUCAAACCUUUUUACUCGUUUUUUUUCGAUCGAGUCGCUGAGAAAAAAGGCGACUUGGUCUCGCUAAUCCAGAUUCGCUUCUGUGAAAUCAGGUCGAAAGGGAUGCCGCUGCAGACAGACUCCGACGUACGACGACUGUCUUUGGAUUUAAUCUCAUCGCAUUUAAUCGGAAAGAGCAGUUUUUGCAUAAGUUUAAAAGGCCUCAGAAUAACUCCUUCUCGACCGAGUGCUUUCGGAAGAUGCUCAAACGCGAGUGCGAAUUAAUAGCUCGGCUGUGAACUGAAGACAGGAGCGUCAACAGCAGAAAAAAAAGCUAGCGGCUAACUUGACAUUAGCUGGUCAACAACAAAGCGCGGCUCGUUAAUCUCCGAUAAACAGUCCGAGGAAAAACUCGAGUUUCAAAGAAUACAGCCGACCGACGUUUGCCCAGCCGCUUUCCGUCUGUGCUGAAAUUAAAGGCAACAAUGAAACUGUUGGAAAACUCCAGCUUUGAAGCCCUCAGCUCACGCCUGUGUGUGGAAAUGGGGGACUCUCGCAUCCUUGGCAGGAUCGAGAGUUACUCCUGCAAGAUGGCAGGAGACGACAAACACAUGUUUAAGCAGUUCUGCCAGGAGGGGGAGCCACACGUCCUGGAGGCCCUCUCUCCCCCUCAGUCCACCAGCGCCACCAGCCCCUCACAGCUGGGCAAGAGCAGCGAGGACGGAGAAAACCCUCUGAGUGACAAGUGCUGCAGGAAGACGCUCUUCUACCUCAUCACCACCCUGAACGAGUCCUUCAGGCCGGACUACGACUUCAGUGCGGCACGGGCCCACGAGUUCAGCCGCGAGCCCAGCCUCAACUGGGUGGCGAACGCAGUCAACAGCAGCCUGUUCUCUGCGGUGGGGGAGGAGUUUAACUCCCUGGGGCCUGAACUAUGGAACGCCAUGGACCAGGAGAUCAACCUGCAGGGCUGUGACAUUUACAGCUACAACCCAGAUCUGGACUCGGACCCUUUCGGUGAAGAGGGCAGUCUGUGGUCCUUCAAUUACUUCUUCUACAACAAGAAGCUGAAGAGGAUUGUGUUCUUCACGUGCCGCUCCAUCAGCGUCCUGAGCAGCUAUGGUCGCGGUUGCCUCGACAACGAGUUGGACAUGGAGCUGGAUGACGAGGAGGAGAUGGACGGCUUCUGCGAGGACAGGUGCCCCAGAGCUCUGUGUGUCUAGACGUCACACACCCUUCAGCCAAAGAUGAGCAGUCUUGGCUUUUUCCUUCUACCAUUUCUUCGCUCCAUCUACUUCUUCUGUUGUUGUUUCGAUUCGUGGGAUGUGGCCGCCUCGUCCAAAGCUACCUUCACACUUUAGACUUACUGCAUGUCCUUCUGGUCAGCCGCCGGGCGACUGUGCGUCGGUGGUCGUGAAUGAUCUGUGAUGGUCCCUUGUUGAUUGUCCAGUACUUUUUUUUUUUUUUUUUCUUUGCUCCCUGACCCCCGAGCUGGAAACGGCCAGCUUCUCCAAAGAGACCACUUCAUGGACGGUCGAGCUGAAGGCGGUCCGGUUGGAAAACAGACUGCUGCGGGGUUGGGUGUUUUGCCAAUGAUGUCAGGAAGAGGAGUCCAGGAAACACCAGCAUCUAUGAACACUGUUUCAAGUUUUGAUAUUCCCACCUGGAACUGGGCCGAGUUCAUAAAAGAGACUGAGUGAUCAGCCGAGAACUCUUCUGUUCCUCAUCUUUAGCUGCUUUCUUUUGCUUUCCCUGUGUGAAGUUACUGUCAGAUUUUAUUUUUUUUUCUUUCAAAUCUAAAUAUGUUGCAUUUAUUACUGAAACUUGUUCAAUCUUGGCUCCGUGUGCUCCUCUGUUUCCUCUCUAGCAGGACGGGGGAAGUCCCGGCCUCGGCCUGGCAGCUUAGAACACCUAACAUUCACUUUAGUUCCUUCAUGUGUUCAUUAUUCAGUAUAUUUUUUUAUUCUCCAGAUUGAACCCCCACUCAUCCCUGAACGUAUCCUGCCAGUGUUUUUCUUCGCUCGUUACCUCGGCACAAAAGGCUUCAGUGAAAAGUGAAUGUAUGGUCCAGUUUAAAAGACAGAAACGUGGCAGAGGUUCCUUUCUAAAAGUUGAGAUGCUCCCCUAUGCGUUCUUUAAAAGUAGGUAGGAGUUUUGUGUCUUUUAUCAACUGCUCUGUGCUUCGUUUGAUCAGCCAAUAUAUCGCAGCUGUGAAUAAAACUGGUGUUUGGAUCAG